AUGCUUUUGGCUUUCCCGAAAACCAAUACAGUAUCUCGGAACAUAAUCCCAACGCUCUUCAAUAUCCGCACUGUCACCAUCACGUGGCUUCGAUAUCGUCCAAUCAUGUCUUCGACACAAUCUUCACGAGAAGGAAGCUUCGAAAGAGAACUCCGUAGCACACCUUCGACUCCUGGAAGAGACAGUCAAAGCUCUUCACCACUCGCCCGAAAUCCCAGUGGACUUCCGGAUAUUUUGAGGUCACGGGUUUUGGCCAGUCCAAAAGAGUCCGAUGCAGAAUGCUGGGAAAGGAUGUUGGCAUUGCAGAAGGAGUAUCACUGUUAUCAAUCUGCAAGAUUGGAAGCAGCUGUAGAGGCUUUGGAAAACGGUUGGCUUCUUGAGGAAGUCCCUAGACCAUCUCGACUUUGCUUAGAUCUUAUUAACGAUGGUUUGAAGGCUCAAAUUCAAACAUUUGAUACCCUCCAAAGAGACUUGGUACAAUAAGAGUAGGCUUUGGUUGCAUCGCAGGAUCUAUAUCUGUUGAACAACGACCAGAUCAUAGUGUAAUAGGUGGAGAGAAACGCUGGAGAACGGGUUCCAUUCAUUGGCGAAAGCCAGCGAAUAUUGGUAUUUUAGCAUUGGCGUUAUGGAAUGGGCAAACUUGGGCACACGAUAAUAUUGGAUGGAAAUCGAUACCCACGGUCUGUAAUUUUGCGUUCUUGAAGGCUCAUUUAUAAUUCUGGAGGAUAAUGACUCCAGAAUGGCAGGGCGUUAGAUUGGGACAUAUUUUGAUACAUAAUAUAGAAUCAUCAACCAUAGAUGGGAAAUAUAUGAGAAUCGCCCAAAA